AUUAAGUGGACCGUGACUUGGUGAGCGUGACAGUGUGAAAUUGAGCGAAUAAACAUAGACUGUCAGUAAAGAAGAGACCGCUGAACAUGAAAAAACCAAAAAUGAAUGUAGCUACGCAUUUUGAUGAUGUCAAUAAAAUUUGGUCGGGUCCAAGCAGUGACGUUGUAGUUAAUAAACAUGAAAAUUUUGGUGAAUUUCUAUUAGAAAAACUGAAAUCGGAUCCAGAAUUGGUGGCACAAAUUAACGGUGACACGGGUGAAACAAUGACCAAAAGUGAAAUACGCAUUCGUUCAAUACGAUGUGCUCAAAACUUAGCAAAGCUAGGAUGCACACAAAAUGAUUGCAUUGGCGUUGUCGCACGAAAUCACCACAACUUGACGCCACUUUUGUACGGAGCUAUUUUCAAUGGUUCCCCAAUUUGCCCGUUCGAUGUUCUGAUUGUCAAAGACGGAAUUGACGUUCUUCUUGAUAGAUUGAGACCAUCGUUCAUUUUCGGCGAUGCCGAUGUGUUGGACUCAGUCAAAGAAAUCGUCAAUAAUAUGGGCUUUAGCUCAAAGUUUUUCACCGUAAAUGGAUCGGCCGAUGCCUACGAAUCAAUUGACAGUUUGAUGAAUGAAACUGGCGAAGAGGACUCGUUUGUCUGCUCGAAGAUAGACGAUGCAUUUUCGCAUGCUGUUGUCAUCUCAUGUUCUUCGGGCUCAACCGGUUUGCCAAAGUCGAUUUGUUUGAGUCACGCGGUCUUCACCUUCACACAAAAAGUACAAAAAUUUGGAUCCAAACUCAUCACUUUGAAUUUCAGCUCAAUGUAUUGGCUGUCAGGCAUUUUGGCAAUGUUGUCCUCUGCGACCACAGUCACUCGUAUCUUCACAACGAAACCAUUUUCACCAGAUUUAUUCUUCGAUUUUGUGGAGAAGUAUAAGUUUCAAUUCUUUUCAGGGCCGCCAUGUCAAAUGCAAGCGAUUCUGACAAGUGAACGGUGUGUGAAUGCUGAUUUGUCAUCAAUUGGGUUGUGCUUCUUGAUUGGAAGUACUUUGCCACCCACAUUACUCCAAACGUUGAAAAAGGUCAUCCCAAAAUGUAUCCUGAUGACAGCUUACGGGAUGACUGAAGUCUGUGGUGGUGUUACUUGCACCGUGCCAAAUGAGUUGGAGGAGUAUCCACAAUCGUCUGGCCGUUUGAUGAUCGGGGCUAAAAUAAAAAUCAUCAAUCAAAACCCUGGCGAAAAAUGUGGAAUCGGCGAAGAGGGUGAGAUAUGUAUCAAAAUUCCGAUACCACCAAUGGGAUACUAUAAAGAUGAAGCGGCCACUCGAAAUGCAUACGAUAACGAAGGAUACUUUAUCAGUGGUGAUCUAGGUUAUUUUGAUGAAACCGGGCGGUUGUACAUAAUCGGAAGGAAAAAAGAAAUUUUCAAAUGCCGCGGAUUCGCCAUUUGGCCAGGUGAACUCGAGAAUAUCAUUCUGAAACACUCAGCCAUUCGAGAUGUUUCAGUUGUGAGUGUUUAUGAUGAUAAAAUUGUAUCGGAGCUACCGGCUGCGGUUGUUAUCAAGAAAGAUGACAGUUCAGUUACAGUGGAUGACGUUUAUGCGAUUGUUGCCGAUCAAAUGGUCAGCUACAAGCGUCUUGACGGUGGCGUUUACUUCGUUGACGAAUUCCCAUUGACACCAUCUGGCAAAAUCAUUCGAUCGAAAGUCAAAGAAUUGGCUCAAAAAUUUUACCAACUUAAAAAACAAACGACCAACAAAUAAAACACCGUCGCUGAAUGGCAUUGGAUUAAUUCACGGUCUAUCUUUACUGUAUGAAUUUAAAUGCACAAUAAAAAAAUUGAACUUUCUUACAUUAAGCUUAA